GCAUCGAGUCGCGUCGCUGCCUCACCAGUCGCUCGCUUCACCUGCCUACCGCAACCCGCGAGCGUGCGAGCAACAACAACCCCCCUCGCCCAGUCGCUCGCUCGCCAAUUCACCUCCCACAUAUUCCCAUCGUCUCCCCGUCUCCGACGCCCGCAGUCGGUGCGUGAUCGACAAUGUCGCUCUUCGGACAACCUGCGACUGGCGGCGGCGGCGGCGGCCUGUUUGGCCAGGCCCAGAACCAGCAGCAACAGCAGCAGCAGCAGCAGCAGCAGGGCACCGGCGGAGGGCUCUUCGGGCAGGCUCAGCAGAAUAAGCCCGCCACCGGAAGCGGCUUGUUCGGCCAGGCGACGGCGCAGGCCCCGCAGGCUGGGACGAUGACCGGCGGAGGACUAUUUGGGGGCGCGCAAGGCCAACAACAGCAGCAGCAGCAACAACCGCAACAAGGUGCGGCCGGCGGAGGCUUGUUCGGCCAGCAACAAGCCAGGCCCGCGGCGGGAGGGCUCUUUGGACAGUCAACCGCGCAGCCGCAGCAGACCGGGGCUACGGGCGGUGGCCUCUUCGGGCAGCCUAUGGGCCAGGGCCAGCAGCAACAAGGCACCGGCGGCGGUCUCUUUGGCCAGCCGAUGCAGACCCAGCAGAAACCGUCUCCCUUCGGCACGGCUACGUCGAGUCUCAGCGGCAGCGCCUUGGUUGGCGGCCCGACCGCUAGACCAUCUUUGUUCGGAUCCACUACGACGCAACAGCAGCAGCAGCAGCAGCCGCAGAGCAGCUCCAUGUUCGGAGGCAGCAUGCUGGGUGGAAGCUUGCUGGGGGUGCCAGCCCAGAGCAUGCAGCCCCAGCAGCAGCAACAGCCACAUCAACAGCAACAACAACAGCAACAGCAGCCUGCCGGCGCAUACUUCGACAGCCUCUUCGCCAAAUCCCAGAAGGAGGGUGGUGUCAAGACGACAAACAUGGAGGACUUGCCCAGCCUGGAGCUUGGCCUGGGCGACCUCCGCCACCGUCUGCGAAAGCUGCAAUCGAAGCCGAGCGAGAGGCCUCUAGAUGGCAAGGCGCACUACCUCUUGGCCGCGUCUGGCGUCGACCCCAGCGUCGCGGCCAAGGACCUCGGCAUGCUCGACGUCCAGGGCGCACGAUCUGAACGGACGCACGGAUACGCCCCGACCGAGAUCGAUGUCGAGACCUACUUGUCGAACCUACAGACGAAGACGACGCUCAGCAUGAUAGCGGACGGCCUCGAACGCUCCGUGCGUGACUUUGACAAUUUCCUGGACGACAACGUGUCUAUGGAGUGGGACGCCCAACGGAAGCGCAUAUACCAGCACUUUGGCAUCAAGCCCCGCGAGGAUUCAAUGGCUGCCGGCCGAGAGUCCCAGGCUGGCUUUGGCCGCUCCCGCCGCAGCAAGACCCAGGGCGGCACGUCUCGAGCUGGACGCAGCAGCAUGUUGGGCAACUCGACGAUGCAGCGUUCCGUUAUUGGUGCGCCAAGCCGCAUUGGCACCCACCAAGCCGAGUUCUCAGAUGUCGACCGCUCGUCUGACGGCUCGGGCGCCCUCAAGCCUCGUGGGGCCACCGAGGAUAGGGCCGUCCGGGAGAGACAGGCCAAGCUGGCCGAAAAGGUCCGCACCUUGAACGCCGCUCGCCUGAUGAAGCGCCCCUAUCCCAUCUUUGCAGAGCUGGGCGAGGUGGAGCAAAAGUCUCACGAGCCCCAUGCGCCUCACGUCGUCGAGGCGUACCGGGCCAUGAUUGAGAUUGUCGGCGAGGACCCCGACGCGCAGACAUCACUCAACAAUGCCACCGCAAGAGAGCGACAGUUUGCCGACAAAUAUUUGGACGAGAAUCCCAACUCGUCGCGAUCUGUGGAGAUGAGGAAACGCAUCCUGCAUGGCUCCAACAGCUUCCUUGAGAAACAGUUCCUGCGCGAGGUGGAGUCGCUGAUCGCUAAGCACCCUCACGAAGCCAGACUCGGCGGCCUGCCGGACAUUACCAGCAAGAUCAAGGCGUACAUUCGCCUGCGCUCCGCGCGCAAGGACCUGGUGCCCGACAACACAGAGCUUCAGCAGAUCCAAGGUGAGUAUAUUUGGGCGGUGGUCUUUUACCUCCUUCGCUCGGGCCAUGUCAGCGAGGCGGCUCAGUACGUCAACGACAACAGCAACCAGUUCAGAGGAAUUGAUCGCACGUUCUCGACGUAUCUGAACAACUACGCGGCCAGCGAGGACCGGCGCAUCACCAACCGCAAGCUGCUCGACCGCUGCACUAAUGAGUACAUCCAGCGAUCCCGCAACGCCCCGGAUAACACCAUCGACCCGUUCCGCAUGGCCUGCUACAAGGUCAUUGGGCGGAUUGAGCUGGGUAACCGGAAUCUCGACGGCUUAAACACGGACAUCAACGAUUGGAUAUGGCUGCAGUUCAACCUGGCUAGGGAGGGCGACAGAACGAUCGAGAUGGCCGGAGAGUCUUACGGCCUCGCUGAGCUGCAGUCCAGCAUCCGGGAGAUUGGCCUGAAGCACUUUCCCAAGGCCAACUCGGAGGACACCAGCAACGGCAGCUUCGGCAUGUUCUUUUACUUGCAGGUGCUGGCGGGCAUGUUCGAAGACGCCAUCGCCUACCUGUAUCCCUUCUCCUACAUCGACGCCGUGCAUUUCGGCCUAGCACUCGCCCACUACGGCCUCUUGCGGCCAAGCGACCCCCUAUCGGCGUCCAACGACCUCCGCAGCUACAGCGUCAAGAACCUCCCGCAGAUCAACUUUGGGCGGAUGAUUGGCUACUACACGAGGGACUUUCGUGCCGCGGAUGUGGUGUCGGCGGUGGACUACCUCGCGCUCAUUUGUCUGAACCGGGACUUGGGCGGAGAAGCCGGCCAGCGCCAGAGCGCCCUGUGCCACGAGGCGUUGCGCGAUCUUGUGCUCGAAACUCGCGAGUUCAGCACGCUCAUUGGCGACAUCAGGCCCGACGGGCGCGCCAUUCGCGGCAUCAUCGAGGAGCGCGGCCCGCUGAUCGGCCUCGACGACGAGGAUGACUUUGCCAGCACGGUGACGCUGCAGGCGGCCAGUUUCGCGGACGAGAACGGACGCACCACCGACUCGGUGCUGCUGUACCACCUGGCGGGCGAGUACGACACGGUGGUCGCCAUUGUGAGCCGGGCGCUCAGCGAGGCCAUCUCACUCGAGAUUGGCGAGGACCCGAUGCGCCUGAUGCCGGUCAAGCCUAGGGCGGCGGGCGCGCAGGCGGAGGCACAGCAGGGCAGCAGCUUGAGUUUGGCGUCCAUCGACGACCCGGUCGAGCUGGCCAGGACCAUGAUGGCCAUGUACGAGCGGGACGCCAUGUUCUAUAGGAAGAUCCAGGACCAGAACAAGGUGGCGUGCCGGGUGCUGCUGGAGAUGAGCAGCAUCAAGAGGGUGGUGGAGGUGGGCCAGUGGGCGCAGGGCCUAGACAAAAUCCGCAGCCUGGAGAUACUGCCGCUGGAUGCGGCGGGCGACGCCAGCACGAUUCGGGCCUACGCGGCCAAGUUCUCGGGGCUGUCGCAGCCCGUGUCCAUCAACGUGCCGAACCUGCUCAUGUGGACCAUAAUCUGCUGCGUGAGGCAGCGGGAGCAGCUGAGCAACGGGCAGUUCAGCGGCAACGAGGGGACGCGGCGGAUGAUGGUGGAGCAGCUGAAGCAGAUGACGCUGGACCUGACGACGUACACGAGCCAGCUACGGUACCGGUUCCCGCCGCAUCUGCACGAGGCGCUGGCGAGGGCAUCGGCGGAGUAAUGGGCGGCGGGCUGUCUACAUUGCUGGGGGUGAACGGUUGCGUGUGCGCGUACUGGUCCCUGGAUUGAUAUGUGCUGGUGGCGCUGGUUGGGGGGGCUGCGUGCGAGGGUGAUUGUUGGAUGGCACAAGAGCGUACGUAGUAGAGAAACAAACAUCUAUUCUACGGGGUACAGGAUG